AUGUUCGCGGUAAAAGGAUGGAACGUGGACGUCACGGCGCUGAAGCCUCAGACAGAAGUGAUCAAAGGCAAAAAGGCCAGCGCGAAAGAGGCAGCCGCAGCAGCAGAGAAUGCUGAAAAGCAGACUAGAAAGCGCAAAAGGGAAGAAGCAGAGGAACUGAAGGCAAAGAAGGUGGAUGCUGAACUGGGAGAAAAAUGGGAAAAGUAUAUCGAAGGAAAGGAGACCAAGAAAGCAAAGAAGGCGAAGAAGGGAUUGGACCUGGAACAGAAGGAUACGCAACCAAAGAUUGUGAAGAACGCAGAUGAGACAACAGAGGAGACUUCAGCAGAUGCGGGUGCGGAGAAGAAAAAGGCCAAGAAGCGCAGUAGGGAUCGGAAGAAGGACAAACAGAAUGGUGGCAAAGGUGAAGCCACUCUAGGCCAAGUGAAUGGGACGACAGCAGCAACAUCGGCAGCGCAUGCGAGACCACCUACUGUACCAGCUGGCACUAAGCUUACACCAAUGCAAGCAGCUAUGCGCCAGAAACUUAUCUCCGCCCGCUUUCGACACCUCAAUGAGACUUUGUACACUGAACCAUCCUCCAAAGCUCUCGACCUAUUUGAUCAGAACCCCGAAAUGUUCGAGGACUACCAUUCUGGUUUCCGGCAGCAAGUAACGACAUGGCCUUCAAAUCCUGUCGACACUUUCAUUGCUACAAUCCGAGCGCGUGGAGCAGUAAGACUUCCCUCCCAAAAGAAAGCUUUCCAGAAAAAGGACGGCAAGAUCAAGCACACCGAUGUUGCCGAACGCAUCAAAGCAGAGAGCGAAGGUCGUGUCGCUGCCCUCCCGCGAACGCAAGGCGUCAGCAUUAUAGCCGACCUAGGAUGUGGAGAUGCUCGUUUUGCACAGACACUGACCGACUCCGGCGACAUCACGAAGCUGAACUUACGAAUCUUGAGCUACGAUCUACAUUCACCAAGUCCACUUGUCACAAAAGCCGAUAUAUCUUCACUACCAGCAGAUGAUGGCAGCGCGGACAUUGCAAUCUUCUGCUUAGCACUGAUGGGCACGAAUUGGAUAUCUUUCAUCGAGGAGGCCUAUCGGAUUCUGCACUGGAAGGGUGAACUCUGGAUCGCUGAGAUCAAAUCGAGAUUUGGACGUGUCGGUAAGAGUAGCAAAGUGGUCGAGCAUAGCGUAGGAGGCAAGAGGAAACAAGCUAUCCUGCAGAAAAAGAAGGCCAAGGAGGCUGCGGAGCAAGAAGAAGUUAACGAGCAAGAGACACUCGCGGUUGUGGUGGAUGGCGCUGAAACCGCUCCCGCUGCCAAUCAACAAGAGACCGAUGUCUCAUCCUUCGUCGAAGUCUUGAGAAGGAGAGGGUUCGUGCUGAAGAGUGGAGACAGUUCGAUCGAUCUGGGGAACAAGAUGUUUGUGAAGAUGGAGUUCGUGAAGGGGGCGCCUGCUACUAAGGGCAAGAACAAGACUGAAGAUGAGAAGAAGACAGAAAAGCCCCGCUUCAAGAAAGCUAAGUUCCUGGACGAAGAUAACAAAGAAGAUGAGGAUGUUGCAACAGAUGAUGAGGCAAAGACUUUGAAGCCUUGCUUAUACAAGAUACGAUGAAUUGGUCUCGAUUGCUACGCGCUUUCGAAAAGUUCUCGUUCGCCAAUGCCAGGCUCCAUCGAUCUCGAGUGGUUUCGCAGUGAAUGCCAUAGCUGUGCCGAAAUCUACAUACUGCUGUUCCGUUGUACCCGUUUACACGACGCUGUCCAGUACUUUGAUGUCAGACAUGAUAUGUCUCCUAAAGACUUCCAUAACGCCUUGGUUAUUGAAUGCGAGCUGGACUUGGACCGAACCAUCGGGGCGCAUGACUUCCGUUCGUGAAUGAGACAUACAGAGACAAAAUUUGACUCGUUCGACUUCGAAUGAAACACCGCCCAUCUGAUGAGCAAUUCGGUCAAUGCUGUAUGAAGCUGGGUGAACAGAGACCUUUUCACGAGCUGUCGAGAUGGGACAAACAAAUCUGCUACACAAUCGACCAUUGUUUUCGCCAUCGUGUUCUACAUAAGUGUCCACAGACAAAGUUACGCACGAGCUUUCAAGCGGCCACGAUGACCUAGACAUCGUGUCGAGCAGUAGCUUGGCAUCUUAGGCAACGUAUGCGUACGGCGUGGU